GAAUUGAUACUCCGCCUAGCAACGCUUGACGACCCUCAAGCCAGCUAUCAACUGCUGCGUUUAUCUGGUGUGCCACGUUUGUUCCAUCUGCUGAGGACGAUUGCACCGUCUAUCACCAACUCUGCCGCAAAAAUACAUGACAACAUGAUGAUGUGGGCAGUGAGUAAGAUCGUCCUUGGCAAGAUGGCCGACAGCAUGAGAAUACCAACGGUCAAAGAGGUACGCGCAGACCCGACGAAGAGCGAGGAGGUAGAUUUCUUCAAAGGGACAGCUCGGGCGCAGGUGCACCUACCCAUGCGAGAAGGAGGACUAGGAAUCACGAGCAAUGUUCUCAUUCGAGAAUCGGCUUUUGUGGCAGGGCAAGCGCUGGUGUUCUCCAAGUCAGUGCAAGCAUCGACAGGAUACACAGUUGAGCAAUGUCUACCCCGGCUUGCCCAGCUACCGACAGGGUUGGCUCUGAUUGACUCGCUGAAGAAGCUAGAGGAAAUAAUCACCAAAGACAAGCUUGAAAAAGCUGUUGGGCAGUCAUGGGCUAAACUUGCCACAAGUGAUGAGUUUACCCCCGACCUCAAAGGAGUUUACCAGUUGGAAGCAGGGAAGGCGGGAAAACCCCGUGAAGAUGGAAACCCUGACGUAGAACAUCAACCACCGUCUACCUUCAGCCGAAAUGAAUUUGGUCAACACUACCAAGUCUUUGGAGCCCAAGCUCUCCUUUCGAAACCUCUUCAUGCAGCAGUGCGCCACAUGGUGGAGACAGACUUGCAGAAAGUAGUAGGCGAGGAAACGCCAAAGAAGAGGGCGUUGAUCCGCUUGGAGGAAGCGAAAGGCAAGGGAGUUUUGUCGUGGUUGACAACGCAAGGGUUGUCAGCAGAUGAAAGAAUGCUGCCUGAUCUAUAUCGAGAGUCAAUCGGUCGUGUACUGGGGAGUCACGAUCGAGCAGACUGCAACACAGGCAAACUUUGUGGUGCAGGUGCAUUGUUACCAUGUUAGGACCGCUUGAGCCGAGCCCACUCCCUCGUCUGCACCAAGACCGGCGCCUCAACCUUCCUCCAUAACAGGAUGGUUCGAGUGGUCCUCAAGACACUGCGCGAGUGCCAUAUGCCCAUCGCCGUUGAGGAUUCUUCCCCUUUUACCACAGGCACUGGUAGGGGAAAGGGGCUAUACAAGAUGGAUGUGGUAAUUCCCCCAGGACUACACGCAGGAGAGAAGGAAACGGAACUCUGCACCAAGUCCAUUCUCAUAGACGUAACAAUCGUCAACCCAUCCGCAGGUCGAAGCAUCGACAAGUCGAUCCUUAAGCCAGGAUCCGCCCUCGAAGAUCGAGCUGCAAGUAAGGCAAAUCACUAUGCGGGAACUUUCAACCCGUCUAGAUCUACCCUCCUUACUGCUGCUUUUUCAACGAAUGGUGGUCUUGGCAAAGGCACCAAUCGACUCAUCGUUGCUAUCGCCAACCACUUGGCGCACGAAGCUUUUUGCCGGGGAAAUUUUGAAGACGAAAGAGCGUUAGUUCGCCUGAAAGCUUUUCAUACUUA